GCAGCGCGGUCCCAGUCCAAGCCCGGCCGCAGCCACAGCAGCACAGCACUCCGACACAACAGCGCAGUAGCCAGCAGCAAACAUGUCGCUCGCAGAUCCCGUAGCCUUCGCUAAGGACUUCAUCGCCGGUGGCGUGGCUGCCGCCAUCUCCAAGACGGCGGUCGCGCCCAUCGAGCGCGUCAAGCUGCUGCUGCAGGUGCAGCACAUCUCCAAGCAGAUCUCGGAGGAGAAGCGCUACAAGGGUAUCAUCGAUUGCUUCGUGCGCAUCCCGCGCGAGCAGGGCGUGCUGGCAUACUGGCGCGGUAACAUGGCCAACGUCAUCCGAUACUUCCCCACGCAAGCGCUGAACUUCGCCUUCAAGGACAAGUACAAGCAGAUCUUCCUCGGUGGUGUCGACAAGAACACACAAUUCUGGCGUUACUUCUUGGGCAACUUGGCGUCUGGUGGUGCAGCCGGAGCCACUUCACUGUGCUUCGUCUAUCCUCUAGACUUCGCCAGGACAAGGCUAGCGGCCGACGUCGGCAAAGGAGGCCAUGAGCGCGAGUUCACCGGCCUGGGCAACUGCAUCGCCAAGAUCUUCAAGUCUGACGGUAUGACUGGCCUGUACAGAGGGUUCGGAGUCUCCGUCCAGGGUAUCAUCAUCUACCGCGCCUCCUACUUCGGCUUCUUCGACACCGCCAAGGGCUACCUGCCCAACCCAAAGAACACACCCUUCCUCAUCUCGUGGGCCAUUGCGCAGACGGUGACGACAGGUGCGGGUAUCAUUUCGUACCCAUUCGACACCGUGCGACGGCGGAUGAUGAUGCAGUCCGGACGUGCCAAGGCGGACGUCGUCUACAAGAACACGAUGCACUGCUGGGCGGUCAUCUACAAGACUGAGGGCGGCAAGGCCUUCUUCAAGGGCGCCUUCUCCAACGUCCUGCGAGGCACGGGUGGCGCGCUCGUGCUCGUCCUCUACGACGAGAUCAAGAACUUCCUGUUCUAAGCAGCGUCAGCGUAGCCGCUUUCCUCGUAGUUGCAAGGCAGCGGGCGGGACCACUGCCGACAGCCGAAAGCCGGGCCGGACGGGGCGUCGCACUCCCAGUCGAAGCGAGGGGCGAAGUCUGCGGCGCCGCGUCCACUUGCAGGGAUCUAGGGGGAGGGGGUCUUCAACGUAAAAUUCCAACUGAAGGGUAGUACACACACAUACAGACACUCCCGACUCGCGCUCAUCAAAUAAACUGUUUGACUGGUCGGGGAGGUACGUAUCUGUUAUCGCUGGUCCACGAGUUAUUCAAAGGUGUCUAAAGCAGCCAGUUUCCGUUACAAAAAAACAUGUUCCGAUUAGAUCCUAGGUUAGCAUUUUCUUUUUAUAGGAGAGGAUCAUCCCUUCAGCAAAUAGUUGAAAGACAAGAUCGCAGCGUUUCGCAACAUAUUUAUACACAUACUGUCAUCAGCCACCAACAUACGUAAAAAUAAAAUAACUAUAAACACGA